UCGGUUACCUGGCAACCACGUGGUUAUGUCCAACAGCUCUAGUAUGGGCAAACCGAACUCUUUUGCCUUUUGCGUCUCGCAUGUCGUUCUUCCAGGACCGGAUUCUUUUCUUGACGUGUCGGUGUUAUUUUAGUUAUAAUGAUAGAUAAAGCAGGUCUGUUCGUCGUUUUGUUCUGGUGGAAAAAGGUCCCGAGUUGCUUUACCUCCGGAGACGGCGUGUGUUUGUCGGCUGCUUUGGGCGCCCUGUCCGUGUCGUGUCUGGUAACGUCAUGCGCGAUCCUGUCGUGCUGCAGGUGUAGACUAAGGGCUGGUCUGUCCGGACAUGACGCGGUCUUGGUCCUUUAUUCUUUCAUUGGCGACCUGUGUAACGUCGCUGGAGCGUUUCUCUCUGGUCAGUCCCCUCUCCAGAUUGUUGUGGCUUCGUGCAUGGUAGCGUUGGAUGGGCUGCGUUUCAUCUCAGUAGCUGUGCCCGUUUGUUUGUGGUACUACUCCAAAACUGGAACGAGGGCGAGGAUGCUCCGCAUGAGGAGACGGCAGAACUCUCUCGUUGUAUGUCUCCUGUUCGUAGUGGGAGGAUGUGUUUACUUUGGCACGGAGGUCCACCACAGCCAGGUGCUCGGCAACAAGUCUCUGGCUGGCCGGAGGCUGCUCGGUGUUUUUCUGCAUGGGCCCAUCGAGCUCCUGGGUUAUGCGCUCGGUCUUCUGUCCUUCGUCAUCAGCUGGACUUCCCGGAUUCCCUCAUUCUUCAGCGCUAAGAGAGGCGAGCUGAGCGGUGCCGACCACGUGUCGUCGCGGGCCCUGAGCGCCUCGGCUGGAGCUCUGUACGCCGCCGCCCUCCUGCUGUACGACACGCGGCUGGAGUUCGCCGUGAGAGCCCUGCCCUGGAUCCUCUCAGGAGCCUCUGCAGCACUCCUCGAUGUGGCUAUCUUGGUCCUCUCGUGUUCCAGAAUCGGCUGCAGCCGCCGGGCUGCACGGCUGUCGGACCCUGCGGCACAGUCCCUGCUGGGUAACUGCCGUAGGCCUGCCUCUGCUCAGUAUCUCUACCCCAGAGACCAAACCAUCAGAAAGCAUCAUCUUUUUGCACAGAAAAAAAAUUCCCCAAAUAUGGCCGAGAUGGGACGUUACAUGGACGUUAACGUACCGCCUGUCCGAAAGGUGUGUCUGAAGGAGGUAACGCUGACUCGGGAAGGCUUGGCGGACAGCAAGCCCCUGACGAGGUCCGUGAAGGUGGUGAGAGUGGAUGAGCGUUCGUCAGACAGUGCUUCUGACUCCUCUUCUUCCCUCAGCUCUGAGCUCCAGUGGGACUUUGAAGCGCAGUGGGGAUCUGGGAAGGCAGAUGGCCGGACCACGCAGGCUUUCCCUCUGCAGGAGUGGAUGGUGGACCACGGGUCAAAGUUCAGCAGUGGCUCGACCUCUCGCACUUGUUUCUGUAACGGUGCCACACUGGAGGCAGAGAUGGUUUCCACAUCACUGGACAAAAACCUGAGCUGUUCCGACUGUUAAAUGAUUCUGGCUUUAGAUCAGCUGGCUUAGUUACGUGUCUGUAAUGUUUCAACCCUCAGCAGAUGAAAUAAAGAAAUGAAUCCUUU